AAGAUGAUGAUCAGGGAGGAGAGCGCUGCUCUGAACGGUUAAAGCACCGACUGUCUUUAGAAAAUGUAUUUGUAUUGCUUUCUCUGGAUGCACAUUUAGAAAGUUGAUAGAAAUCGAGUAAAAGUUGUUUACUUCGGUCAGUGCUUUGUGUACAGUUUGCACCUGAAACUGCAAAACAAACCAACUCGCCUUUUCCCCUUUGCAUUGUUUUUUUUUUUUCAGUUUUGUAUUCGCAAAGAUCCUUGCCGAAGCAGGGAGGGGAGGGCAGGCGUGAUCGAGAGGAGAAAGACGCGGUUAUGAAACUGGACACCAGAGUCCGCCAUGUUGGCUCCCAGUUGCUAUGCUUCACUAUGCGAUCUGACAUGGUGGUGGAUCCGAAAUGGCGCCAGUUUCGCUCUUUGCUGCUCAGUAAUGGCUCUGCCUCGUAUUUAGACGAGACCGCAUCAUCAUUUUGGUUUCUUAACGCGUUGGGAGAGCUUGUGUGUUGUUAAUAGUUUUAGCUGCAGAGGUUUAUAUACGAAACACAAGGUUAUAUACAAGCAAAGAUAGAAACAGCAACCUAGUCCGACUGCAGAGAGAGAGAGAGACAAACAAGCACUUAAUUCACUUUGAGUUUACAGUACAGAACAAAACAGAAAGUGAGCAACACACACACACAAAAAAACUUUUUUUUUUUAAUUACGCAAACAGGACAAGGUGUCUGGCGUAGAGUUAGCGUGGAAAUUAGAAUCUAGCAGUGGGGCGAGUUCAACUGCACCGUAAUGAGCAACAGCAGCGCGCAUUUCAAACUCUUAAUGGGGGACCCAGACACCUCUACCGAACUUCACGCCGAGCUGCUCUUUUAAACGCCUCUAAAAACAGAUCUGAUCAGCCCAAUUUAAGAUUCAGAAAUGUGUAGAGACAGCUCGUUUUAAAUCGGUCGUCAUGCCCCGUCGAUGUGUCGCGGCUGGCUGUAGCAACACAAACGAGGGCAGAUUUAAACUGCACAAGUGGCCGAAGGACCCAAAGGUUGCCCGGGUUUGGACCGAGUUCGUCCGGAAGACGAGAGCCCGCUGGAGGAAGCCGACAAAAUGGUCGCACUUGUGCUCGGCCCAUUUCGAGGGGCGGUGCUACGAGACUACGGAGAUUGCCCGGUCCUGUGGUCUCCAGCCUCGACUGAGAGUCGUCGCGUAUCCCACCAUUAUGCCAAAGAAGGCGUCAACGGUAGCGAAAUCGAGAACGCCUCGUCGCUUGAGAACGGAUCAGCCUCGCUCACAGGGAGUUUCUGAGAUGGAAGCAGCUCACGUCAGCCCAGAGCUUCCUAUUCGAUGGGUUGUUUCUGCAGACAGGACUGUUGAGAUCAAGGAGGAAGUGACUGAGCUGGGGUGCGACCAGGCCAAUGAGCGGAUCCUGCAGGAGGAAACGCCACCUUCUAGCAUCACUGAGAGAGGUACAGAUGUGAAGCUUCCUGAAGUGGAGCCUGUCCUCAUUAAAGAAGAGACUCCAGAAGAACCAGAGCCUGUCCACAUUGAGAAAGAAGUCACAGCUCUGGAACCUGUCCACAUAAAAGAGGAUAGUCCUGCACUACAAUCCGUUUAUAUUCAAAUGGUUAUUCUCAAUCCUAUACCCUUACUCACCUUGCAGGGCUCACAUAAUGAAUGUGGGAAGAGCUUCUCCCAAUUACAAAGUCUUGCAUUACAGCAGCACAGUCACACAGGGUAUAAACCACACCAUUGUACUGAAUGUGGAAAGAGCUUCACUCAUUUGAGAAACUUUAAAAGACACCAGCGAGUUCACACAGGAAAGAAACCUCACCAGUGUAAGAACUGUGGGAAGAGGUUCCCUGAUGUAGGAAGUCUUAAAAGACACCAGCGCGUUCACACGGGCCAGAAACCACACCAGUGUAGUGAAUGUGGCAAGUGCUUCGCUGAGUUAGGAAAAGUUAAAAAACACCAGCGAGUUCACACAGGAGAGAAACCACACCAGUGUACUGCAUGUGGAAAGUGCUUUACUGAAUUAGGAAGCCUUAAAACACACCAGCGAGUUCACACAGGGGAGAAACCACACCCGUGUAAGGAAUGUGGCAAGCGCUUUGCUGUAUUAGCAAGCCUUAAAACACACCAGCGAACUCACACAGGAGAGAAACCACACCAGUGUAACGCAUGUGGAAAGAGCUUCAGUCAAUCAGGCAAACUUAGAAGACACCAGCGAGUUCACACAGGAGAGAAACCGUACCACUGUAAUGAAUGCGAGAAGUGCUUUGCUGUAUUAGAAAGCCUCAAAACACACCAGCGGUUUCACACAGGAGAGAAACCACACCACUGUAAUGAAUGCGGGAAGCGCUUUGCUGCACUGAAAAACCUUAAAACGCACCAGAAAAUUCACACAGGGGAGAAAUCGCACCAGUGCAGUCAAUGUGGGAAGAGCUUUAAUCGAGUAGCGAAUCUUAAAAGGCACGAUAGAGUUCACACGAGAGAAACGACAACUCAGAAAUAUUAAUACACCAGCAAGCUCGCACAAGAGGACAAAGAAAACGCAGCACCGCAGUGAAUGUGAGACGAGCUUCUCUUGCGGGACAUGACCUAAAACACACCAGCGAAGUCACAAAGUGAAACUCCCCACUGUGUUGAAUGCGGGGGGGGGGGAAACGGUUUGUGAAGAGACGCUGCACCAGAAAAUUAAAUGAAAGCAUUAAUCUUUCAGGGUGUGUAAUUAUUUUCUUCUUUGGCGAUGGCCUUUUAAUGAGACUAGCUAAAAUAUGUAUUCAUUAUAUAAACUAGCUGUGGAGACCACAACGUGUUCUUUGAGAGAGAAGUGGAAAUUGAAGACAAUACAAUUAACCUUUCUCUUUUCUCAGCAAGUGAUCUGUGUGUCUGAACUAAGUGUACUAACCUGGCAUCCGAAUCUGCAGCUGCUUUAAUUCAAACCCUUGUUACAGCCUGUAAAAGGGGGCGGUGUGUAGCGACUGGCAGAAGGGAGAGACACAGGAAUUCAUUUUGAUCGUUCAGUCAUUACAAAAUAGUUUACUAAUGCAAUGCCAGCAGCUUGAUUAUCUCUUCAAAACACAGAACACGCAAUCACAUUCCCCCAGAGGCCUGCUACUGUGGACAGAUUACUCUCUUGAAAAUUGCUCCUUUCUUUCAGAGUAAGUUGUGUUCAACUCGUCCCACGGUAGGACACUGAUAGCUAUAGCAGGGUUUUAAAAGUUUUCUUGAGUUCGUCCUUGGUAAAGCAAAAACAGACGAUAACUGAGGGAAUUGCUGUCCCACGGGUGUACGGUUUUCAGUUGAAUACAAAGGACAGCCUGGUGUGAAGCAACACGUCUUCUGCAAAAAUAACAAUGUGUAGGAUGGCAGAACUCAGAAUAAAACGAUUUCAUUUACCUAUAGCAAAGUCAUGUUGUCUUACUGUCUUUUUUUAUAUUAUGAAUUCUUAAAAAAAAAAAAAAAAGUAAAAAGUAAUGGAAGACAAUCUAAGUUACAUAUGGAAACCAGGUCUAUUGUAUUAGCCAAUGGUUCCCCAAAACAAAUUUUCCCUUUGAUAGGAUGACAUGUCCACUAGUUUUUGUCCUGGGGAAUAACAAUUCCUGAAAGUGGGAUUUUUCAAUCAAACUUUCCAUAUAUGUUGUAGAAGUAAAUGCAUAAAUAUUUCAUUAAUAGAUGCAAAUUAAAUAGGUUUUUAUGGACCUUGUGAAAUGAAACUCAUGUCUUGUCCAUGAAAACUGACAUAAAGGGCUGUUGCUUCACAUUGUCACUUAUGUUGUCUAGUGUGAACCCACCAUAAGAGA